UAUGGAACCUGGGAACCUUUUGUCGUUUACUGCCGUUGUUGCGUUCGGAUUUAUAUCCAGGACGGACCGAAUAUCAAAUGGUGUUCUGUGAUUUCAGACAGAUUUUAAUUAAUCUAAGAAUAUUUUAGCAGAUUAGCGUUCACCGAGGAUCCACCGGAGCUCUGGUUCGUGUGAACCGCUUUAUGCUACGUGUACAGCGGCUGCGGCAGCCCGUUAGCUCCUCUUGCUAACGGCUCCAGCACGAAGCGGAUCUCAGCAUGAACUCACCGAGCAGAGGUCCCUCACAAAGGUCCAGGAUGGAUGAGAUACAUCUGGAGAAAUGAAGACUUCCCCUGGAAGGCGUUUAACUGGGAAGCAGACUGUAAGCAAAGGCUGAAAACAGAUUAAAACAUGAUGUAUUCAUCCAGAAGAAAGCCUGUGCUCUACUUUAAAGAGGAAAGAAGAAGUGACCUUUCUAAAGUUCCCCAGCAGGAUGAGAGGUUUCUGUCGGGGAAAUGCACCAUCUACAAGCUGUUUGGCCUCUGCAUGGUGCUGGUGCUCAUCUCUCUGCUGUGGCUGCAGCUCAGCUGUUCGGGUGACAUGUCCUCAGUAAUGCAUCAAGACCGGCGCGAUCCCCAGCCGCCGCCUCCACCCUGUCCCACUGAGAGACAGGCAUCCGCAGCGGACGACCCCAGCUGGGGUCCUCACAAGCUGGCACUCGUGGUCCCCUUCAGAGAACGCUUCGAAGAGCUGCUGGUGUUCGUUCCAUUCAUGCACAAAUUUCUCAACAAGAAGAAGAUCCGCCAUAAGAUCCUGAUUAUCAACCAGGUGGAUCACUACAGAUUCAACCGAGCGUCUCUGAUCAACGUGGGCUACAUGGAGAGCGGGAAUGACACAGACUACCUGGCCAUGCAUGACGUGGACCUGCUGCCCCUCAACGAGGCCCUGGACUAUGGCUUCCCUAGAGAGGGACCCUUCCAUGUUGCCUCGCCGGAGCUGCAUCCGCUCUACCAUUACAAAACCUACGUGGGAGGAAUCCUGCUGCUCACAAAGAGGCACUAUCAUAUGUGUAAUGGGAUGUCGAACCGGUUCUGGGGUUGGGGCAGAGAGGAUGACGAGUUCUACAGAAGGCUCAGAAAAGCAGAGUUACAGCUGUUCCGCCCAAGUGGCAUCACAACGGGAUAUAAAACCUUUCUUCAUAUCCACGACUCAGCCUGGAGAAAGAGGGACCAGAAAAGGGUCGCCGCUCAGAAACAGGAGCAGUUUAAGGUGGACCCCGACGGUGGGCUGACGAACCUCCAGUACCAGGUGGAUUCCCGGCAGGAGCUGACCAUCAGCGGCGCUCCCUGCACCAUCAUCAACACCAAACUGGAGUGCGAUCAAAGCCAGACGCCGUGGUGUCUCCUGAGUUAGCGGACUUGGUGGCUUCAGAAUCACUGUAGCGAAUAUCUACAAACUGAAGUGGAAACAAACAAACCAGUAGUGUUACCAUGUCCAGGUACAUGAUCCGAGCGCCAGAUGCAAAUGGCUCUUCUGCAUCAUGUUACCUUAAGACUGUCUUUGGGCAGAGACGCGUUAGGAUCAGGAGAUCCUAACCCAUGCUGCUAGCAGGUGGGUUUUUUUCUUUCUCCGGUACUUUCAGGCUCCAAAUCUGGUUUUAGUUUUGAGUUUGGACCCAGGGCCCUGCAUGCAUGAGCAUUGUACUGUAGUUCCAAAUGAGGAGGAUUUUUUUAGCCUUUUACCUUAUUUGAAAUAAUGAUCAAAUGUCUGGUGGAUCAGAACAAGUUCUUCACUGAAUUGCGUAAUUUUUCCUGCUGACGCUGUUACAAGGAAGAGAAUAAGUUUGGAAAUCUGGAGUGAAACUCUUAAUAUCUGAUUGGAAAGCUAGGAUUAUGUUUUUUACUUUAUUCUUUUUAUGAAAAGCCAGAGUAAGUUAAAAAUGUCUUUAUAAAUAUGACUCAUGUGUCCCAUUUUUAUGACUUGAUUUCCAAUUAUUUAAAAAAAAUAAACAAUUAAAGAGUU